UCCCGACCAUGGUUUCAGAACCAUCCCAUUUUGUCAGCUGCUGAUGCUGAUCUCAGCCGUAUCUUUCCAAUUGUGGUGCAUGGAGACGAUGGUGACAGCCACAGACGGCGAAGCUUCACCGUAUUCACUAUAGCUUCACCGCUGAGCCGUGCAGGGAGCUCAUGGGAUCACAGGUUUUUGAUUUACUGCAUGGAUGUGAGUCGUGCUGUGGCAGCUACAUAUGACUGUUUGGAUUCAUGGGUUGUGCACUCACUUACAGAGCUUCAAACUGGACAGUUCAUGUCUGUCGAUCCUUACAACAAUCCAUUUCCACGGGCUGCUUCUGGAGCUAUCUGUGGUGGGUUCCGUGCUGUGCUGUUUGGUUUGAAAGGGGACCAAAAGUACAUACAGCGUGCUUUGAAGCUGACAACGAGUUGGGUGAGUGACAAAUGUUGUAUGUACUGUGAUGCUGCUCUCAGUGGGCCAAAUUUGUACUCGUUCUUCGGUGAAAACGCUCCUCAUAGAUCAACCCUCAAGUCCACUACAGAUUUCAUCAUCCAUGGGUGCCGACCAAACCCUUGGAUACGGAUUCCUGGUUUUGACAUUUCCAUUGUAAUGACCGACUGGCUCCAUUUGGUUGACUUGGCAAUCACCCCGGAAAUGGCUGGGUCUGCUUUGGCCGAGCUCACCAAGACGGAUGAUGUUUGGAGAGGGGAAUCUCAGGAAGAACGCCUUCGACUAGCAGGCUUAGCACGGGAAGCGCUUGAGAUGGAGAUCCUUGUGUACAAAAUCAGACCAAAAUACCAUCAGCUUGACCAUUUGGUGAUCGACCAAAGCAUGUAUUGCAACCCAAUGGCCACAAGCACAUAUGAUGACGAAGAUUUCGUCGGAAAGACAAAAAAAAUGGCACAAAUGUGCCAACCUUUGUAUCUAGGCUACCAGUGUCUAGAAAGAUACGCAGCCUACGUGUGUUGCCGGUGGCUCCGACAGUUGACGGAAUGA